AAUUGACAAAGACACUUCUCUCUCUCUCUCUAACAUAAAACAUAAUAUCUCAUUAUUCAUUUGUCUUCUCUCUUUAGUUUCUAACUAUUCAACCCACCAAUACAACACAAAACCAAUCCCCUCAAACACCAACCCAUCUUUUCUCUCUCACAAAUUUCCUUGGUCAAGCAAGUGGCAACCACGCCAAACAGAAGAGCUUCCUUACAUGGGUCUCUGCUUCUCCUCCUCUUCAUCCACACCUCACUCCUCUUCCCUCAACCGCCCUCAGCAGUACUCAGGCUCAGCGAGCACUGACACCAAGAACGUGGGAUUCUCCGCCACCACGAGCAGCGCCGGGAAGAGCCAAUUCUCGGAGAUCGCGAGUGGGAGCAUCAACAGCAGCCAAGGCUCUCUUCCUCUUCCUCUUCCUUCUCCCGAUGGCCAGAUUCUAGAAAGGCCGAACCUGAAGGUGUUCAGCUUCGGAGACCUGAAAUCUGCCACCAAGAGUUUCAAGUCCGAUACAUUGCUCGGUGAAGGCGGGUUCGGAAGAGUUUACAAGGGAUGGUUGGAUGAGAAGACCCUCUCCCCGGCCAAAGCUGGCUCCGGAAUGGUCGUUGCCAUCAAAAAGUUGAACCCCGAAAGCACGCAAGGCUUCCAAGAGUGGCAGUCAGAAGUGAACUUUUUAGGAAGGCUUUCUCACCCCAACCUGGUCAAGUUGUUGGGUUAUUGUUGGGACGAUGAUGAGCUUCUUCUUGUGUAUGAAUUCUUGCCAAAGGGAAGCUUGGAGAAUCAUCUUUUCAGAAGAAAUCCUAACAUAGAACCACUUUCUUGGAACACCCGGCUUAAAAUAGCUAUUGGUGCAGCUCGGGGAUUAGCUUUCUUGCACGCCUCCGAAAAGCAAGUCAUAUACCGAGACUUCAAGGCCUCAAAUAUACUUCUCGAUUUGAAUUUCAAUGCAAAAAUCUCAGAUUUUGGCUUGGCGAAAUUGGGGCCUUCUGGGGGACAAUCACAUGUAACUACCAGGGUCAUGGGUACGUAUGGUUAUGCUGCUCCAGAAUACAUAGCAACAGGCCACUUGUAUGUGAAGAGUGAUGUCUACGGAUUUGGCGUAGUGCUACUUGAAAUACUGACAGGCAUGCGGGCACUGGACACAAAACGGCCAACAGGGCAGCAGAACCUAGUUGAAUGGACCAAGCCUCUUCUCUCUUCCAAGAAAAAGUUGAAAACAAUAAUGGAUGCUAAGAUAGUGGGUCAAUAUUCACCCAAGGCAGCGUUUCAAGCAGCACAACUUACUGUAAAAUGUCUAGAACAUGACCCCAAACAACGUCCUUCCAUGAAAGAAGUGCUUGAGGGAAUGGAAGCCAUUGAAGCUAUCCAUGAAAAAUCCAAGGAAUCCAAAACCCGCAAUUCUUAUCAAUCUCCUCGGCAGAGAGUUGUGAGAGUAUAAGUAAAUUUGUAUACAAAAGAAGACCACUAGAGAGUGAGAAUAGCCAUAUGGUCCAUUGAAUGUUGGAUCACUCACCUAAUAGAUGUGAUUUCUUUCUUUCUUUUUUCUUGUGUUGCUUGGAAGGGGAGAAUUUUACUGGGCUUUUACAUGUAUGAUUUUUUUGUGAAUUAUUCACAUUUUUAUAAAAUGGGAAAAUAUUUUGUAAGUGCAAUAAAGUAACAUAAUUUUGAUGCCAAUA